CACGGAUUGAGUGCAUCCCGUGUAAGCGAAUCACAAGCUUCGCUAGCGGCACACACCCCAAGGUAUAUGAAAGGCUGUGUUUCCCACCUACGGCCUGCCCACUGCUGGGCCACUAUACUCUUCCUGACCAGUAGUCUUGGACUACCAAGAUCAUUUGCCCAUCAUGCGACCUUACAAAGCCUUUGCAUCUCUCGCAGCCCUCUCUACCGUGGUUGGCAGCGGCCCUAUUGUGGUCGGGCGAGCUGCUAGCAGUGAUAAAGGCCAGCUCUAUCAAUUGUUGUCCGGCGCUGGCAACGCAUACGCCGAGCUACGGAAUGCGGAGGACAAUGGCGAGCAACUCACUGGAAUAUACCAUCACCCUAAUCAGUACCGUGACAAGUACAAUACUGAGGGCGACAUGGCAACUGAUGCCGACUUUCUCUUCAUCGCUGAUGAUAGGAGUUUCAAUCGGGUCGGAAUCUCAUUCAUCCCCAACCUGGACAUCACUGAUGACAAGGGCGGCACCCACUCUGAUUUUCCGAAACUGGCAGACCCCGAGUUCUUGAAGAAAUGCAAGAGGGAAAGCUUCUCAGGGACGGCGACUUUCUCUACCGAAGAGCAAUGCCCCGAUUCGCUGGAUCCCGGAUCAUUGUGUAUGAGGGUUGUCACCGCUCCAGUGACGGUCACCGGCGACAUGCGUGUCGGACAGACAAGGAGUGUUCAUGGAAUGGACAUGGACCCGCAAUACUACGUCACUUUGGACUCUGAGGCUCUGGGCGGAUCACAUGAGGUGUUGGCAAUCCGGCGAAUGUCUGCCGGGUACCGAUGGUCAGAUGCAGCUUUUGAUGCCAAGCUCGACAAGAAUGGCAAUCUAUCUCUGAGCAACAAGCGUGCCAUGAUGACGAAAACUGGCCCUCCGCGGUCACUGAUCCCAUGCACUGGGCUCUCCCCUGUAUCUGGGAGGUUCUGGCCUCUACUACCACUUUCAGAUUGA